AUGUUCAUUGUACAGAAUUCCACUACAAUAGGCUUUUUUGGCUUAACUUUACUAACUGAAUCUCGUCGUCAUUUCGGGACAUUCUACAUCAAUCCAUCACCUUACUUUGCUCCAUCUAUACCUAUUCACAACGACACAUCUCACGAUGACGAAGGCAAAGAUCAUGACUCCGAACCACUUAAGAACAACGGUCGAGGUUCACACGAAGCAUCUGCACAAAACUAUGCUGCCGAAAACAACGCAACCCAUGGCGUACCUAUCGAUGACUUUCAGCAGAUGAUCCUCGUUGAUCACAACAAAUGUCGUCAACAAGCAUGUGCCAAGGAUCUUCAAGAAGACGAUGAACUGCACAGGGAAGCAAUGAAACGCGCACAUAGUCUGGCGAAUGGUCACAUGCUGCCACUGCCCGAUGACUACAACGAGAAUGUGUUUGAGUUAGACACGGGUGAUCCAUCGAAGGUCACAAGUGAGAUGAUUGUGAAAGGAUGGUGCAACGAAGGGAAACAGUAUGAUGCUCGAAAAGAAGAGUCCUCGUUACGAUAUUCGCAGUUGGUGUGGAAGAGUUCGACGAAGCUAGGUGUUGGUCAUGCAUAUGAUAGUCACAAGUUGUAUGUGAUAGUAUUGUACAAGCCAUCUGGCAAUCUUCGUGGUGAGUUCGGUGCUAAUGUCGGCUGUGGUAUCCAAGAGCAACAGAAAGCGAAUUGA